AUGACGGAGAUAGAAUGGAUAUCAAAACCCAUGGAAUAUGGGACUGUAAAGUUUGCAUGCCUAGAAGAAGCUACGGAGCAUCCUUUGAAACCAGUUGUAAUCACUCUAAUCGAUGGACGUAGCGCAGCUAGACGAAGUGCGUUGCGGAGUACAAGUACCAGUUCCUCCACUGGAACACCUACACCAACACACGCACCGAUUCCUGCAAAUCCAUUGAGUGAUCCAUUGUUGAGUCAUCCUUCUCUAGACGGUUCUGAUCCUCUUACACAAUUUGCUCGAGAAGAAUUGGAUCCUCUCUCUAAAAUGGCUGCAGACGAAUGGGAUUAUUCUAAUGUUGCACCUGCGGGUAAAAAAUCAAAGGACACAGCAGAAGAAUUAGUGGAACCAUGGUCUGUUAGACGUUCCGCUAUACUGAGUAAAUAUACCACCUCUGAAAAAUUAUCGAUUGUCACCAGUUUCUUACCAGGUGGUGAAAAAGUUGUAGUGAAAGUUCAGCCGAGUGGGCCAAUGGUCGACAAGGUAAAAACGCGGCUUGAACAAUUAGACGAUUUUGAGGAAGGUUCUGUUCGGCAAAUGUUGGACUUGUCGCAACAACAAUACACUGCACGAAUCGAACAAUUAAACAACGAAUUAGUACAAGCGUGGCAUUCCGACCAAAGAGUAAAGGCGCUCAAAAUUGCAAUACAGUGUGCCAAAUUGUUAGUAGAUACGUCCGUAAUGGCUUUUUAUCCGAGCAAGUUUGUUCUCAUCACAGAUAUUUUGGACAUCUUUGGAAAACUUGUGUAUGAGAGAUUGAAAAUGAAGGCUGAGUAUUACAAACCAGGAAGUAAAGUACCCACGAGCUUGCCUGAUAAUUUUACACCCGACAUGGUUCCUGAGAACGCGAAGGAGACGUGUCGGAAUUGGUUUUACAAGAUAGCUUCAAUACGGGAACUAGUACCGCGUCUUUAUGUAGAAAUGGCGAUAAUAAAAUCUUAUAGUUUUCUAACGACCAGUGAAUUUAAUACUGCUCUGUUACGUAUAACUCGUAUGAUAAGAGGUAUCGGAAAUCCAUUGAUAGCGGUUUACGCGAGAUGCUAUUUAUGUCGUGUGGGAUUGGCGUUGAACAAAACAUCAGACUUCGAAUUCGUGAGGGAAAACCUGUAUGACUUUCUUUUUACAUACCAGCAACUAUUUGGGACUGCUGUGAGAAACGAAAUAGUGAAGCAAAAUGUUACCCUUCAUUCGUAUCUUAAUUUAUAUUCGCCAGCUUUGGAUUGGAUCGUACAGGUUUUAGUGGCGACAUCGCCCGAGAGCCUUCUUGAAGAGGUUUUAUCUCGUUGUAAAAAGCAAGAGAAUGGAUCGUUAUUAUUAAAUACAGUGUUGACUGCAUUUAAAUCUACUUAUAUUGCUGCACGUGCUAUGGAUUUUGUGAAUUUAAUAGUAGCGAGUGAAGACGAUGGGUAUCCUCAAUAUCUCUUAUAUCGGAGUUUGGGAGAAUGCCUUGUACGAGAAUCUCUGCCGAAAGAAGACUGUCAAUCGGUGCUUAAUGUGAUAUGGAAGUAUAUAACGGACCUCACAGAUCCCAACAAAUUCAUGCAUUGCGUCGAGAUUUGGAUUCAGUUCACUGUUAUACACUUUUCUGUAAUUGAAUUAAAUUUAUUUUUCGGCAAAAUAAUAGAUCGGCUACGACCGAAGAAAGCUUUCGAAAAUUAUUAUCCACAAUUGCAGAAUAUUAUUGAGAAGAUAGUUGCCCACACACAAGAUUUUGAAUCACUGCUUGCUAUGGACAAUUUUUUACCUCUAAUUGACUUAUUUCACAAGGAAAGUGUUAAGGUUGAAGUUUGUAAAACUGUCAUAGAAGGAUUGAGUGUACAAAACGGACCUAUUACGGAUCCUAUUAUUAUAAACGCUCUGAUGUUUAUUGCGAGAAUAAUGCACGAUUCCGUUAGUGCUCUGACCGUCGAAGAUGAGAAACGACAGAUCGGACAACUAAUAUGCGGAUUAGUGCAACGAGUAGAUUAUGGUCGCGAUUUUGAGAAGCAGCUUAGUUUUUACGUAGAGGCCAGGGCAGCAUUUCCUAAUCUUGAUAGCGUUCAUAUACAACUUGUACAAUGCGUGAAUAGAUUAUCAGUUGAUACUAGAAAGAUAGUACGUGGUCAUCACACGAGAAGAACGUCAGCGUUUGUACGUGCUUGUGCUGCAUUCUGUUUCAUCACUAUACCAUCGUUAACUCUAGUCCAUACACGCCUUCAAUUAUAUCUACUGUCUGGACAGGUUGCCCUUUUAAAUCAAUGUCUAGGCCAAGCUGAUGCUUGCUUUAAGGCUGCUUUGAGUUUAGUUCCGGAAAUGCCGAAAACCAUCGAUAUUGAUGGAAGACAGAAAAGCUCGCAGCCAUAUUUGCUCUCAUACUUAUCGAAUUUCUUGUCAACAUUGUUAGUAGUUCCCGAUAGCCCAGAGCAUGGCGUCCUGUAUUUGAUGAGAGGCUUGCUCAAUGCAGUUCAACGUUGCUUUGAGGAGAAUACCUCAACCAAACCAUAUUUGUAUUUACGUGUACUCGAUCUUCUUUCAACGGUAGCGCAAGAAAAUUAUCCGUACCAUAUCGAUAAGGUUGACUCAAAUGAUAAAUUGUACGGAUCGGAUCAGAAAUUUAUCGGUGAAGUCAAUAAAAUAUGUUCAAAAAUCGUUGAGGAAAUCUUAGGCCAUCUCAAGUAUCUUGGAUCCACCGAGCAAUUCGAUAAACAAUCAGCUCUGGCACUCGAGCUGUUUAAUUGUUUUAUUAUUCGUGCAGAUUUACGAGACACUGCAUUAGCAAACAUGGCUGUAAAUUUGUGGCACUUAUCACAACGACACGGUUCGGUGGAUUCUAAAGUGACGAUGAGGACAAAGGCUUAUAUGACACAGAAAAGUCAUCAUCGAGAAUAUGAACAUUUUGCUGAAAUACUGAAGAAAAUGUCGAGAUGAGUGACAUUGAGACUUGAUAACAAUAAGGAUCUAGCUUAAACGUUUUUUAUUGGCAGUUGUUUUGGAAGACAUUUUGUAAUUGUGCAAUAAUUUGUCUGAUUAUGUCAAUGAAGCCAAAAUUAACAAAUAAUAGCAAAAAUAUAAAAAGAUAAUAAAAGAAAGAUAA